UAAGCCGCGCAGUCGCAAUCCGCGAAACCACGCGGGCUGCCGCCUGAUGCCGGUAUAGGGAAAAGUUCCUGAUCGCUUAAACCUAAUUGAAAAUUAUAUAAAUUAUAUAUUUUAAUAAAACCGAUAAUCGAUUUGGGUGUACGCGUGAUGCCGUUGCCUAUUCAUUUAUCAAAUUAAAAAAUCAACUGUCAAUCAAAAAGCGCGGGAAAGAUGCUCGUAAUAAAAAAUGUUUAUAAUAAAUAUGUAAUUGUCUUUUUAUAUUUUUAUAAAAGAAUGUAGCCUAGUUUUGCGUUCAAUGACAGUGCAUUUAUGUAAAUAUGGUGUGGUAUUGGAAGAAAGUGUUACUGACCGUGGCUGUAUCGUCGGUCUUGGGUGCCGGCAGCGAGAUGUUCGGAUAUGAUGACCACUCACAGCAGCUUUUAAGUCAUUUAACUGAGUCAGAAAAGAUAUUCCUCUUUGGUGCCAAUCCUCAUGAAGCACAAUUCGAAAUAGCACACGUAAAGCAACCAAGACGUCGGAAGCGCUCACUACAUUUCGUAGAUCAAGACCUGGUGGGAUUAAAGAAGCAUCUAGACGUGAAGUUGCAUCCAAGAACUAGUUUCCUAGACCCACAGUUCCUAUUGCUGCGGAGAUGGGCGAACAACACCGAGAUGGUGUUAGAACAGCACGCUGAUGAUGAACUGGAUUCGUGUUACUAUAAAAGUGAUAGUGCUGCGCUGUAUGUUUGUGAAGAUGUGCGAGGUGUGAUUAAAUCCAACGACACUUACUAUACGAUACAUCCGUUACCUGAGAGAUUCCAUCACGACGAAGCUAAGAUGCACGUCAUAGUCAAACGUUCAGACACUAAUAUAGAUAAUAAAGCUACAUGCGUACAAAAAGACGAAAUAGACUCAUUAGAACCACAUAAAAAUUGGGCCAAACACAGAAGAAAAAGAGAAGUCACAGAUGCUAGUACGACAAAUCUAGAAGAUUUCAAAAUAAAUUUAGCUCAUAGGAAUAAGACUAUAGGAGCCUUCGUUGAGAAACUAACAAUUAGUAGUGUAACAAGUACAGUAAGGGAGAAAAGAGCUGUACUUCCAGCAAUUUUUGUAGAAACAGCAGUGUUCGUCGACAGAGAUCUCUACAAGCAUAUGACUGUCAACUUUCCAAAAGACACUGAAAGAGAACUAGUCCGUUUCGUCUUGGCUAUGAUCAAUGCUGUUCAACUGCUGUACCACGACCCGUCUUUAGGGAGACCAGUAAAUUUUAUACUCAAAAGAUUGGAAAUAUUGCACGAAGACCCUGUUAAUUUAAAGCGACCUCAUGAUAUAGACAGGUUUUUAAGUAACUUUUGUACGUGGCAAAGGUUGGAGAAUCCUCCUGGAGACAAUGAUCCGUUGCACUGGGACCAUGCGCUGAUCCUUACUGGACUAGAUUUGUACGUUGUUAGCAAGAAUGGGAAAGUUAGCAGUCAAGUUGUUGGUUUAGCGCCAGUGGCUGGCAUGUGUACUGUGACGAGCAGUUGCACUGUCAACGAGGGAAGGCAUUUCGAGAGCGUCUACGUGGUGGCUCAUGAAAUUGGACAUAACUUGGGAAUGCGGCACGACGGACCUCUAGCCGACAACGGUUGCGACCCUAGCGCUUACAUCAUGAGCCCAACGCUGGGCAGCGGGAAAAUAACCUGGUCCCAGUGCAGCAAAAACUACCUCCAGAAGUUUCUAGACACAGUGCAGUCCCGGUGCCUGCUAGACCACGGCAACUCUGCCGGCCAGCUCGACCACAGCGCCGAGGGGAUCCUGCCCGGGGAGAGGUUCGACGCUGAUCAACAAUGUAUGCUGAAGUACGGACGUGGCAGCCGUCACUCAGCGGGUCAGAACCUGGAGGAUAUCUGCCGCGAUCUGCACUGCCAGCGGGAGCGGUACACGUGGACCUCACACCCUGCCCUGGAGGGGACCAGGUGUGGGGACGACAUGUAUUGUCGUGGGGGCUCAUGCGUGGAUCGUGGUGCCAGUACCACAGCUGGUGGAUGGGGUCGCUGGUCAGCGUGGUCUGAAUGCGCCUCUGCAUGCUUGCUGGACGACUCGAGAGCCCCUGCUGCUGCUGGGGUCAAGGUGGCUGCGAGACGAUGCACAGCGCAUAGACAUGAGAACAGAAAAAGCCACUGUUCAGGACACGAUAAGAAGUACCAAUCAUGUCACGCGCAUCAGUGCGACAACGUCCCUCGCAUGACGGUGCGUGAGUUCGCCGACCAGAUCUGUCUGAGGGCUCGUGAUGUGGACCCUGACCUCAUCGGCACUGGCCUACAAAGGAUCGAUGCUGAGGACGUGAGCAGCGCGUGCGCGGUGUGGUGCGACACGCGCGGCGGCGGGUUCAAGUCGCGCGGCUGGGCGCUGCCCGACGGCACGGCCUGCUCCGCCACCUCCAGCCCCAUGUACUGCAUCAGCGGCGUCUGCCAGAAAUUCACAUGUUCAUCGAAUGUAGACAAUGAAUUCUCCCUGAAGCCAGGCGAGUGCGAGUGGGAAGCUUUGCAGUUGCAGACCGCCACACCACACUCUACAUCAACGAAAACGUCAGGCACGUGGCGUCGCGAAGUGGGCUCGCAGUGGCGGCCGGCCAGCGGCUGUCACUACCACUGCAUCUCGCCCGGGGUGGGAGUGAGACUGGUCCGCGCAGCCUCCAGACCUCUCACCACCAUACAGCUCUGCCACCCCGACUCCACACGACGGGACCUGGGAUGUACGCAAAGGAAAUCUCCCUACCAAUAUGCGACGAUGGUAUGCAGUAAGUACAAGGAGAGAGUGCGCAGACUCUCCGGCCUUGGAAUGCAGAUAUCGCCAGCUUUGGAAGAUCCGGACCGGCCAUGCCGCAUCGCGUGCCAGGACGAGCGCGUGUCCCACAGGUUCUACUUGGUGAACGGGCACGAGGGCUGGUUCCCCCUCGGCACCGCCUGUGGGCACAGUAAUGACUCCUAUUGCGUCAGUGGGAAGUGCCUUGAGUUCGGCGGCGACAACACGCCCGUGUCGUCGUCAGUGUUCAGCCUGCCGCUGCUGCCGCGCGGUCGCGUGCGGCGCUCGGCUCCGCGCUCGGUGCGGCGCUCGGCGCGGCGCUCGGCUCCGCGCUCGGUGCGGCGCUCGGCGCGGCGCUCGGGGCGCAGCGUGGUGGUGCGCGGCGCGGUGCGCGCGACGCUGGACGGCGCUCGACUCGCACACCUCGUGGCCGCGCUCAACCUCACCGGUAACAGUCACGAACACAUCACGUAUUACGACGCGAUACCCGAGAACAUCGAGCUGGACUUCAACAAUCCGAUACACAUCGCGCCAGAAGACACGUUCAUCAGGAAAAUACCCAGACCUACGUGGGACUAAACACCUCCAAAAAUCAUUAAUACCUUGUAACACUUUUAUUGUUACUUUUCCGUUAAUAACGUUUAUUUCCGAAAAUUCUUAGGGCAUUUACAUUUACAGUUUAUAUAGAAACUGACUAAACAAUUCGUACAUAGAUAUUAAUCACCAAAUCUCUAGUGGGGGGGUCACCACCCCUAAGCACCCUCCUAAAUACGUCCCUGGACACUACAAAACUUUCUGGCAGAAAGAACUAGAGAAAGACUGAAAAAGGCAUUGAGUUGUGAAAAAUAUAUUAUAGCGACUAUUAUUUAGAAUUUAGAGUUACCUCCAGUCAAAGCGGAUUUCGUUGUGAUUUUUUUUAUAAGGUCAGCCUACAAAAUAUAAUUUGUGGG